UUUCCCCACCUCCCCCCUUAAGUCCAAACAAAAUAGUGUACAGCGGCUGCCGCUUGUGUUUGGGAUUACCUCUUAUUUUACUUUUAAGCCAUUGUAUUGAGAUAUGUCCCUCUUAAUUUAGACAACGUGUCUUCUGGGUUGGUCAUUCAUCCCCAGAGACUUGUAUUUUAAGCUUUCGAUUGACAUCGACGGCAGUUUUCAAGUGCAAAGUCGAUAUUGUUAGGUUAAGUGCUCAUAAUGUUUAAGAACACAUUCCAGAGUGGAUUCCUAUCCAUUCUUUAUAGCAUUGGUAGUAAACCUCUUCAAAUUUGGGACAAGAAAGUCCGAAAUGGUCACAUUAAGAGGAUAACAGAUGGCGACAUUCAAUCUUUGGUUUUGGAAGUUGUUGGCACAAAUGUCAGCACCACCUAUAUUACAUGCCCAGCUGAUCCGAAGAAAACUCUUGGAAUCAAAUUAUCAUUCCUUGUUAUGAUAAUAAAAAACCUAAAAAAAUACUUCACCUUCGAAAUUCAGGUGUUGGAUGACAAGAACGUCCGAAGAAGGUUUCGUGCCAGCAAUUACCAAUCCACUACCCGUGUGAAGCCAUUCAUCUGUACCAUGCCCAUGAGGCUUGAUGAUGGCUGGAAUCAAAUCCAAUUCAAUCUAAGCGACUUCACGAGACGGGCUUAUGGUACCACUUAUGCCGAAACUUUGAGGGUGCAGAUCCAUGCCAAUUGCAGAAUUCGUAGGGUUUACUUUUCUGAUAGGUUAUAUUCUGAAGAUGAACUGCCUGCAGAAUUCAAAUUAUUCCUUCCAAUACAAAACAAGACUAAAACUUGAAUGUCUUGAAUGUUGUAAAGUCUGAUGACAUUUUUUUUAGACGGAGAAACAUUUUGGCUGGCUAUUUUUUAAUUCUGCAUUUUGUCUUAGUUUGGAAGGAGAUUGACUGCCUCAAAUUUAAGUUCAUAUUGUGUUCUAUGUCCCCUGUAGCUUAAGAUCUGCACAGUUUUUAUUUUCUUAAGUAUUUCUGCACUUGUCAAUGCUGAGAUGGCUUCGUGCUACUGUGUUUUUCUCAUGCAGCAAUUGAAUGUGGCGCGUGGCUGUUACGUAGUUUGGUCAAUGAGAUCGAUAUGUGAUGGAGAAGGAGAGAUUGUCCAAGGCAAUGACAAUUAGACGGAUGUGCAUCUAAUCAAUAUUUAUUGUGAAUCCAAACUCUUUAUUUCUAGUUUAAAAUGAAUAUUUAAUACAGUUACAGGAGCACAUUCAUGUCAGUCAGAACUGCUGUACAACAAUGUUAUCUAUAAAUGGAUUGUACUUUCCAGAAGUUGAUAAAAUUAAAAAUAUACUGAUUUGA